CUUGAUCAAUGGCCAUCUGUCGCAAAACCACGUGAACAAAAGAACGAAACCUACAUUGAAAAAGAGGAAUUAGAUCUUUAUAUUUACUGCAGUAAUAACAUCGCAGAAUGAAUGAAGCCAUGCAAAAGCUGAAACAGUUGGAUAUGGGAAAUCGUCUUCUUCUAACCCUUACAAUAUACGUAAGCUUUGUGAGUUCAGAAAUGCAAUCACUGCAUAUGAUCCAUAUGUGCCUUUUGAUUUUUGUAAAGGUUGAGAAGAGGUCUAUCAAAACGAAGCAGGCGUGUUAUGUCUUCAACAAAGUCCCGUGUUUGUAGCUUUCAUCCACCAGAUGGAGACACUUUACAGAUAAUAGCCCUCUGGUCACUCUGAUUUGAUGAAGCAAGUUAUAGGGUUGAAACACAAAAAAUGAAGUUUCAGAUGGAGCUCACUAUACAGUCAGGUUAAGGGAAAACUAUCCAGAACAAAUGAAAGGCAAACAAAGGAUUCAAUUAAGUCAUCAACAUUCAUGAUUGUCUCAUAUGGGUCAAGUGCUUUAUUGUAAUUGUCGGUGCACAGUGGAUGAUCUUGGAUGUAUAAUCACAACCUAUCUCAUACGAUUACAAGACAAACUUAGUUUAUGUAUCAGUUUGUUUGGUCUCUCGAUGCUUCAACUAACCUAUAUUGGACUUAUCGGUCUUAUAAAAGUUCUCUUAAAUUAACCUCAUGGACCCUGUAGCUAAAAAAUGUUGUUAAUGUAAAAGGCAAUCUGCCACAUUUCCAUUUGGAGUUAUGGGCUUCUCUAUAGAUGACCUUAGUUUAGUGUGCAGAAGCAUCACCAAAGUCAUAAUAUAAUAGAAUAGGCUUAAAUCAAUGUUUUGAACCCCUCAAAUUACUGCCCUCUAGCGGUGCGCAUUGAACACACCCCAACCACGAGACGCUCCUCUGUGCGCUCACUUCUUCCCGACACUUUCUUCUCUGCCCCUUUCACCACAGCUUUGUCGUAUUCCUCCACUCUUCCUCUAACCUAAACAUGAGCUGGAUCUUUUUUCCUUUUAUUCACUUGGCCGCGUUUGCGUUACCUCCAAAUCAUCACUGCCUUUGUUUGGAUAUGCUUUUAAAUAUUAACAAGUUAUCAUGUCAUCACUGACUGGAAGAGGAGAGAGAUUUCCCGGCUUGGUUAGAGGUACAGCUUGGGACACACAGACGCAGCAUCACGGUGACUUUUCCGCACUCCGCCCGGCUCCCGAGGGCUCCAGAGACGACACACUUAGGAAUACGAUGUGCCAGAGAUCGUCCUACAAGUCCCUGCCUGGAUACGGAGUUGGGGAGCGAGGAGCCAAUAUGUCGUACGGUACCGGGACAUUAUGUCGGAGCACGGUAUCGGCGCUGACUGGUUUCGGGCGGGCCGAACAGAAAGUUACCUGUUGUGAGAAGUGUUCCACCACGUUACUGGGACUGAAGAAACAAGCUCUCAGUCUGGCGGUUCAUCAACAGUUUUCAUGCAAGGACUCCAGUGAUCUUUCAUCCUUUCUCCAUGACAACCUGCGCAUCCAGAGCCGGCCUACAGAUUCUUGGGAACAUGGCGAAUGCAGCACCUGUGGCACCACUGUGAAUGACCUCAAACAGGAAGCCAUCUUUUUGGCUCUUAACCGAGGUCAGGUCCCAACUCGCCCCCCCUUCGAACCUUCUUUUGGACCACCCUUCCCCUCUGCGACUUUACUGGGACAUCUAGAUUCAACAUUGACCAAAUAUGAGGAGAGACCAUCCAGAGACUUCACCAGGACACUGCAGCAUUUCCGAAGCAGAACCCAUAGCCCACUCCGAAACCAGUGUAGCCCCCAGAACACCAGGGCACCCUCCAGUCCCAAGACCCCACAACGAACACCCCAAACGCUGAGAAGGAGGGGUGCGAAGUCCCCUCACCGUGACAUGGACCGCUGGGUGGAUGAGCAGAAACAGCUGGUGUCUUCUAAAUCAACUCUUCCACGCGUUCGCCAUCAGACUGCAGACAAGUCGAGUGGUGAGGCCGGGGCGGUGCAGAUAAACUCCAAACUGCCUCAUAUUACUAGAGUGGUGACCAUCGCCAAUACGGCAGCCAUGUCCUUCUUGGCUAAAGCGGCAGAAAAGCUCAAUCUGACACUAAGGAAAAAAGGCCAUGCGUCUGACUCUGCUCCCGCUCAGUUCUCCACCUGCUUCAGAGACGUGAUCCAGAAAAACCCGCCCGCGGCCCCCUCCUGCCUGCUGCAAGCUGCCACCAGAACCAAAGACUCGCCCAGUGUUGGCAAGGUUAGAGUGGUACUGCGUGUGAAUCCAGACCUGCCUCAGAGUCCAGGGCCUCCUUCAAUUCUUCAGGUCGACUCGUCCCGGAGAAGAGUCACAGUGAUGGAGCCGUUUUAUAAGGGCCACCCCUACAGCACUCUGACCCUGGGUCGAGACAAGAGCCUGGUCAAAACUUUCAACUUCGAUGCCACAUACCCACAACACGCCAGCCAGGCUGAUCUCUGCGCGGGAGUUUUGCCUGACGUCAUCCGCUGUGUACUGAGUGGAAGUGAUGGCUGUGUGCUGGCCCUGGGCUGCUCUGAUGUGGGCUCUUGGUCUAGUAUGGUGGGCAGUGAUGACAGCCCCCAGAAGCUGGGGCUCAUUCCUUGCGCCAUCUCCUGGUUGUACGCUGCCAUCGAGCGACGUAGAGAGAAGACCUGGACAGACCUCAGUGUUUCGGUGUCUGCCUUAGAGCUGUGCUGUGGAGAGGAGGACACACUCAGGGACCUGCUGGGAGAGAUGCUACCAACAGGGGGCAGUAUACAGGACAGUCCCACAGCGCACAUAAAACUGCAAGAGGACCCGGUGUGUGGAGUGCAGGUUCGUAACCACAAUCGUGUGAAGGCGCCAACAGCAGAGCGAGCCGCCUCUCUGCUGGAUGCCGCCAUCACAGCUCGACGUCACACAGACUUUGUCACGUACCUGUCCCACAGCUCCAUCAUGUUCUUCACUCUUCACGUCCAGCCCCCGCGCACAGAGACCAGCACCAUUGGAAAAGGUUCUCGUGGACCAACUAAACUGACGAUGAUAGACGUGUGUCGUGGGAUGAGGUAUAGCAAAAACAGAUAUCCAUACGCUGAACUGAGCCCCAUUGUGCUGUCUCUGCUCAAUGGACAGAGGACUAUCCCCAACAAAAGCAGUAAGCUGUCUCUGCUCCUCCGAGAGUCUUUGGGUCACGUGAACUGCCACACAGCGGUCGUGGCUCAAGUCUCAGACUCAGUGUCUCUUCUGGACGAGACUCUGUCCACCAUUCAAACCGCCGCCAAAAUACGCAGGACACAAAGGAGAGCACAGCAGUCUGGGUCCUGCUCACCUCACGCCCGAAGUCUGACGAGAGAGAAGAAAGCUCCUAAAACACUGUCGCUCCGAGCGUUCCACUCCACAGAGGAAGUGGACUCCGACGUGCGCCCUCUCCGUUUCCGUGGUAGACUUUAUGAUGAACAAUCAGGCAGUGAGCAAUCCUGCGACACCGUCAUUCAAAUCGAUUCGCGGGGGCUAGUCCAAGCUAAUGCUGCACCACGAGUCAACCAACCGGAAUUUGUGCCAAUUAUUCCGUCUUUGCACCCAAGUAAAACUGAGGUAGAUGACCCGGAGUUUACAGCUUUGCUCAAAGAACUUCUCAAAAUCCCACAGCUCCAUGGCGACAAGAAAAAACAGGAAGCUGUGAUCGAAACUUUAAAAUGUGAUACGUUUGCCGAACUUCAAGAGCGCUUGGGUUGCAUUGACGGGAGUGAGUUGACAGCAGAAACGUUAAAACUGGUACAAAAUGCGGUGAAGUUAGAACCCGUGAAAAAUAAUGUAGACAUUAGGGUUUCAAAGGCGGCGGUAUUGAGUCAAACCACCAAUCAGAAGCCUGGUGCAGAAGCUGAUGCUGCUUUCAAUGGAGACAGCUUUCAAAGAGAGGACUCAGGCUUGUAUGACUGCGAAGAGUGUAGCGCUGCAAGCUCAGGUGAAGAGUUGCUCAACCAAACACUGACACGAAAUGCAACUCGCCACUCAGAAAACCACAAAAUUAGCAAGAAAGCAGAUGGUCUUAGUGUUAUGAAUCAGCCCAAAAGUUCUCAAGAUCCUGCUGAAAGUUGUGAAUGGUACAAACCGGACAAAAGAGCGUCACCAAUUGGCAAAAGUAACUCACCAUCUACCUCAUGCCCCAAUUCUCAAACUACAAGCGUGGUCUUAGGGGACAUUUUGCCGAAUGUACCUUCAACAGAAAACAAAGAAAUGAAAGCAACUAUCACUGUAACUGUCAAACAACCGCUUGAUCAGAAAGGACAAGAUGAAAUUGUGUUCUCAAUGGUAGAAGAGGUUACAAUAAGUGGGGGUAUGAGUAGCGUUAGCACCACUGGUAAUAUUAUUUGUUUUCAAAAUGCCUCACAGAACGGACAAAAAGGCGGAGGUAGCUCACAGCCAAUAAGAAUAAUUAGCAAUGUGAUGGGGGAUGAUGCGAAUGCUACAACAGAAGCUACUCCAAAAGAAAUCGUAAGACCAGAGAAGGGGUCACUACCUUCAUUUAUAAACCCAAUGCUAAUGAAUACAGACAUUGAGGAGGUAGAAGAGAGUGCCAAAAAGGAGAAACAUUCAAAUGAGAUUAAGUUGGAGAAAGAGAUAAAGAAGAAAGAGGUCAAAUGCAAGGAGCAUAGUAAGCCCCUAGAGACAAAAAGUGGUAGUGGUGCAAAGGACGAUUCAAAAAUAAAUUCAACAGACAACAAAACAUGUACCAAAAUGUCUAAAAGUCCAGAGAAAAGCCAACCCACCGAUGCGGACAGUGUCUGUGCCAAUAAUUCCCCGAAGACUUCCCGGCGUGAUUGCCCUGUUGACGAAAUCACUCCCCUGAGAACUGGAGUAGCACCUGGUUGUCAAGGCGCUACCACCCCCGUUGUCUUCAAAUCAGGAACUUUGCCCAGGGGUUGGCAAGAUUCCAAAGUCUUAUCCAAUGACAGUCACCGGGGCAACCUCAAAGACCCAAUAGAGGUGACAUCAUCCACACCCGGGAGCCCUAGGGUGACAGUAGACAAGUGGGAGGGUCGGCAGUAUUCUCACACGAACAAAGAUGCAAGUUUCACUCCAAAAAAAGCAAUGCCAUCCUUGUUUGAAAGCGGUAGGUCCAAGUCGCCUUUCGAUGACACAAGUAGACUGUUUAGUGUCAAACUUGAGCAGCUAGUUAGCCGUACAAACUCUCUUGAACGUAACCCAAGAGAUUUUCCAAUUUUUGAGCACGGCAGUAGCAGUACUAGCUCCAAGUCUAGUUCAAAUGGUGCGAGUAAAAGUUAUCGUGUUCACAGUGAAGGUGACUACACUUUACCGAGGACUAGCAGGAGCCCAAAGAGGAACGCAAAGCUUGAUCAAAACUAUGCAACUGUUGAGUAUGGAAAGCAGUCUAAACUUUCAGCUAAAGAUAAGCUAAAGAUCGCUAGCCCCAAAGUUCGUCGACAAUCCGCGCCAAGCAUCAAGAACAUGAGUUUACCACAUAAGAAUGUUCAUCAAUCUUCAAUCAACCGCAGCGCCAGCCUCUCCCCAGACGGCAAAACUGUUAGCUUUGAGCGCAUGUCAACUUUUUUGUCAUCUUCUCCUCCAAGAUCUCACCAAUCUCUUAGCAGGACGCCAAGCCAAAGUUCAACAUGUUCCUCUAGUAAAUCUGCCAUCCAAGGAUUUGUCAGUGGUUCAAUAUCAGAACUCCUAAAAGAUCGUUCCGGAAGUCCAAGUUCACUGGAUCAAAUGAGCACGAUCCCAUCACCGUACAGCCAAGUCACAGCACCUCGCCUUCCGAGUCCAAAUGGCUACGCCAGCGAUACGACCAGUGUGUUAAGUGGAGAUCUGCCUCCUGCUAUGGGGAAGACAUCGCUGUAUUUCUCCAACAGGAAUAGCACAGUGAGCAGCGGAUAUGGAAGUAUGCUCCGGGAGAGGGACAGUGAAGCCAGUGACAGGAGUGGAUCAGGGCUCAGUGCUGGGCGCAGCGGGAGGUCCUCCAAAAAGAGAGGCCCCACAGGGGUUCACCAGCGUCGCCAACACGAGUCGUCCCAGUCUCUGAAGCGGUCAACCAGUGGACCUCGGUCUCGAUUCGUGGAGCAUGAAAUCCCAGAAGGCUACGAAAUAAAAGUCUACGAUAUUGACAAUGCGCAGAGAACGCAGAAGAGAUCUGGGCCCAAUGUUUUUCAGUGCCAGGCUGAGGUUUUUGGAGCAUCAUCAGAAGAGGAUGUCAGAGGAACAGUAUCACACCGACCACAUGGGGGAGCCAGAGGAGGCCAAACUCUACAACAUAUCACAGCCCACCAUGUAGAGCCAAGAGGAGGUGCUUUCACAGACCUUCGUGGACACAGGGGCUCUUAAACUGGAGAUCAUGUCGAGCUCAAUCACUGCUGCUGCCACUAGAGGGAGCUCUAUGGAAACAAAUACACUGAACAACUACUUGAGCUGAAAGAGAUAACUUCUUUGAUGUACAGUUGAUUUUAUUGUUUACUGAAAAAAUGAAUGCACUUUUCACUUUAUUUUGUAUAUCAUUAGUUAUCACUUGCUUCACGAUUCUGGUGCUACUGCUUAUCGACUGUAUAAUUUUUUACCAUGUUUUAUAUUAUGCAAAAUUCAAGCGUCCCGUUGGUAAUUCUGUGUCUGAAUUGCCUUUGUGGGAAUAGUUAAUAAUAGGCUAUAACACUGUUGUAUUUUGAAUCUGCACUUAGCUUGUAACUAUUGUACAUUUAAUCAAUCCAUAUCCUUAUUGGUAAGUAACAAAAUGUGUGAAUUUCCAAACUAAACAAAAAGAAGAACAUCCAGGUACGUUGAUAUGCUAAUUGAGGAACUGGUGGAUUUGAAUAAUAGUGCAUCUAAAAACUAAAAGUGCUUUUUUUUGUAUAAUAUCAUCUUUUAUGGGUAAUUAUAAAACAUUACAGCAUGACUGUGGCUGGAUAAAAACCAUUUUGUCUAAUGGAGAAAUAAUGUGAUUUGAAAUAACAUCAUGUGACCUCUGAUGUCUCUGAGCCAAAAUCAAUGGCCACUGUUGGUUUGGGUCAGACUUUGUGAGCUGU